GCGGGCGUGGAGGGGUAGCGAGUGCUUGGUGAGCCCCAGCCUUCCGGCCGUGAAGGUGCCGUGAGUGGGGAGGAGGGCCCCCAGACGCUCUCUCUUUAAAAGGCCGGUGGCAGCGCGGGGCGCUCGGCCGGCACGGGCGGCGCGAACUUGCGGGGCUGGGCGGGCGCCUUGAGGAGUGCGGCAGCGGCGGCGGGAGCCCGGGCAGAGCUGCUGCGGCCCCCUCGCCCUCUGGUGCUCCCAGGCGCUCCCGCCCCUUCCCGCAGUCUCCCCUCUCGCGUCUUCCUCACUCUCCCGGUCUCUCGCUCGCUCUCCAGCGCGCUCUCUCGCUCACUCUCAUUUUUGUCUUCUGCCGCCGCCGGGCGCCAGCAUCUCGGCGCCCGCUGGUCGGCUCCCACCCCACUCACUCCCCUACAGCCCGGAGCCCGAGGCGGGACCCCCUUCUCCAGGGCCGCCUCGUCCUCUCCCUCCAGCGCGGCGCGGGGUUCGGCGCGGGCAGAGCAGGGCGGCCGCCGCUCCCUCGCCCGCCCGCCCUCAGCGCAGGAGCAGCAGUCCGGCACCGCGCGUUUGGCUGCAGCUCCGGCCGGAUAGCCGCCCGCUCAUCCCCGCUGCGUCCCGCACUCGGGGCGGCUCCGCGCCGGGCUCGGUCCGCAGCGUCAGCGUCGCCCGCCGCGGCGGGGAUCCCCGCACCGAGAGCCCAGCCUCGGGCCGCCGCCUCCCUGCACCCCGGGCAGCGGGCGCGCUUCGACCCCUCUCCGCGCUCAGACCUCGCGGCGCGCGGUUGGGAGGAGCACAGUGGAGCUGCUUUCCUCUUGAUGCCAAGACACGCCAAACUAGGAGAGCUGUCCUCUUUUCAUAGUCAGCCGUGGAGAGCAGGCCUGCAGGACGUGGGAACUGAGACUGGCGCUUGGCUGCACCCAGGCUGUCCCCUUCUGUUGCAGACAUGGACUGUGCUGGAAACUGAGCACCUAGACGCCCCCAGUAUGGUUCACCGUGUUGGCUGCCCUCAGCCCCCCUGCUGCUGAAGCUGCCCUGGCGAGACUCUUGGGCACUGCUUCACCCAUGCUCGCCUGGGCUGUGGGCCCACGUGCCUGCCAGGGCUAGGAGUGGGGCCUGCCAUUCAUGGGUCUCUAGGGAUUUUCGAGAUGCCUGGGAAGAGAGGCAGGGGCUGGUGGUGGGCCCGGCUGCCCCUGUGCCUGCUCCUCAGCCUGUCUGGCCCCUGGGUGCCCCCAUCUCUGGGGAAGCCCAAGGGCCACCCCCACAUGAAUUCCAUCCGCAUUGAUGGGGACAUCACGCUGGGAGGCCUGUUCCCGGUGCAUGGCCGGGGCUCAGAGGGCAAGGCCUGUGGGGAGCUGAAGAAGGAGAAGGGCAUCCACCGGCUAGAGGCUAUGCUCUUUGCACUGGAUCGCAUCAACAAUGACCCAGACCUGCUGCCCAACAUCACCCUGGGUGCCCGCAUCUUGGACACCUGCUCCAGGGACACGCAUGCCCUUGAGCAGUCGCUGACUUUUGUGCAAGCACUUAUUGAGAAGGAUGGCACAGAGGUCCGCUGUGGCAGUGGCGGCCCUCCCAUCAUCACCAAACCUGAACGUGUGGUGGGCGUCAUCGGUGCUUCUGGGAGCUCUGUCUCCAUCAUGGUGGCCAACAUCCUGCGCCUUUUCAAGAUCCCCCAGAUCAGCUACGCCUCCACAGCCCCUGACCUGAGCGACAACAGCCGCUACGACUUCUUCUCCCGCGUGGUACCCUCGGACACGUACCAGGCCCAGGCCAUGGUGGACAUCGUCCGCGCACUCAAGUGGAACUACGUGUCCACACUGGCCUCAGAAGGCAGCUAUGGUGAGAGCGGUGUGGAGGCCUUCAUCCAGAAGUCCCGAGAGGACGGAGGCGUGUGCAUCGCUCAGUCAGUGAAGAUACCGAGAGAGCCCAAGGCUGGGGAGUUUGACAAGAUCAUCCGGCGGCUCCUGGAGACCUCCAAUGCCAGGGCAGUCAUCAUCUUUGCCAACGAGGACGAUAUCAGGCGUGUGCUGGAGGCGGCACGGAAGGCGAACCAGACUGGCCACUUUUUCUGGAUGGGCUCAGACAGCUGGGGCUCCAAGAGUGCCCCGGUGCUGCGCCUGGAGGAGGUGGCCGAGGGUGCUGUCACCAUCCUCCCCAAGAGGAUGUCUGUGCGAGGCUUUGACCGCUACUUCUCCAGCCGCACACUGGACAACAACAGGCGCAACAUCUGGUUUGCUGAGUUCUGGGAAGACAACUUCCACUGUAAGCUGAGCCGCCAUGCACUCAAGAAGGGCAGUCACAUCAAGAAGUGCACCAACCGCGAGCGCAUCGGGCAGGACUCAGCAUACGAGCAGGAGGGGAAAGUGCAGUUUGUGAUCGACGCGGUCUAUGCCAUGGGCCAUGCACUGCACGCUAUGCACCGGGACCUGUGCCUGGGCCGCGUGGGGCUCUGCCCACGCAUGGACCCUGUGGACGGCACGCAGCUGCUCAAGUACAUCCGCAAUGUCAACUUUUCAGGCAUUGCAGGGAACCCCGUGACCUUCAAUGAGAAUGGAGACGCGCCCGGGCGCUACGACAUCUACCAGUACCAGCUGCGCAAUGGCUCUGCUGAGUACAAGGUCAUUGGCUCCUGGACUGACCACCUGCACCUCAGAAUAGAGCGGAUGCACUGGCCGGGCAGUGGUCGGCAGCUGCCCCGCUCCAUCUGCAGCCUGCCCUGCCAGCCUGGCGAGCGGAAGAAGACGGUAAAGGGCAUGCCCUGCUGCUGGCAUUGUGAGCCCUGCACGGGCUACCAGUACCAGGUGGACCGCUACAACUGCAAGACAUGUCCCUAUGACAUGCGGCCCACGGAGAACCGCACGGGCUGUCGGCCCAUCCCCAUCAUCAAGCUGGAGUGGGGCUCGCCCUGGGCCGUGCUGCCCCUCUUCUUGGCGGUGGUGGGCAUCGCUGCCACACUCUUUGUGGUGGUCACCUUUGUACGCUACAACGACACACCCAUCGUCAAGGCCUCAGGCCGAGAGCUGAGCUACGUCCUGCUGGCCGGCAUCUUCCUGUGCUACGCCACCACCUUCCUCAUGAUUGCCGAGCCUGACCUGGGCACCUGCUCCCUGCGCCGCAUCUUCCUGGGGCUGGGCAUGAGCAUCAGCUACGCGGCCCUGCUCACUAAGACCAACCGCAUCUAUCGCAUCUUCGAGCAGGGCAAGCGCUCGGUGAGCGCCCCGCGCUUCAUCAGCCCUGCCUCGCAGCUGGCCAUCACUUUCAGCCUCAUUUCCCUGCAGCUGCUGGGCAUCUGCGUGUGGUUUGUGGUGGAUCCCUCCCAUUCAGUGGUGGACUUCCAGGACCAGCGGACGCUCGACCCCCGCUUCGCCAGGGGGGUGCUCAAGUGUGACAUCUCUGACCUGUCGCUCAUCUGCCUGCUGGGCUACAGCAUGCUGCUCAUGGUCACUUGCACUGUCUACGCCAUCAAGACUCGUGGCGUGCCUGAGACCUUCAACGAGGCCAAGCCCAUCGGCUUCACCAUGUAUACCACCUGCAUCGUCUGGCUCGCCUUCAUCCCCAUAUUCUUUGGCACCUCGCAAUCGGCCGACAAGCUGUACAUCCAGACAACGACGCUGACGGUGUCAGUGAGUCUGAGCGCCUCGGUGUCCCUGGGGAUGCUCUACAUGCCCAAGGUCUACAUCAUCCUCUUCCACCCGGAGCAGAACGUGCCCAAGCGAAAGCGCAGCCUCAAGGCCGUGGUCACGGCUGCCACCAUGUCCAACAAGUUCACACAGAAGGGCAGCUUCCGGCCCAAUGGCGAGGCCAAGUCGGAGCUCUGUGAGAACCUCGAGGCCCCAGUGCUGGCUAACAAGCAGACCUACGUUACCUAUACCAACCAUGCCAUCUAGCUGGGCUUUGGUGCCCAGUGGGAAGAGGAGGAACCCUCAUAGAUGGUGCGUCGGGCCAGGGCCACUUCCAGGGCCCCAGCUGAUGUCCUGCCUGCCCGUGGGCACCCACGGACGUGGCUUGGUGCUGAGGACAGUGGAGCCCUCCAGCUGUUACUUCUGGGCAGCCUGGGCAAGUUGGGCUGGCGACAGGAGGAGGAUGAUAGGCCCGGGUAGCUUCGGGUACCCCUGGGCAACCCAGGAACCUGUGUCUAGGACUGUUGCAUAUUCUGCCUCCAACCCACAGCAACCUGAGCCCCACUGUUAGUUGUCUCCGUCGCUCUAUCUAUCUCUCUGGUGACCUGUUAGUCUGUCUCCAUGCCUGUCUUUAUGUUCUCUUAUCUCUCCACUGCACCUUCUUUUCUCUCAGUCUCUGUCUGUGAUGUCUGCUUUUUCUGUCUCUGCUUUCUUUCUGCCUCAGCCUCCUCUGUCUCAUUCAUUCUCUGUCUCCAGGUCUCUCGUGUGCCAUGUACAUCCUUCCUCUGGUGCAUCUUUCCCUCCUGUAUGCUAUGUACGAGCUCACCUUCGUCCUCAUCCAGCCUGGGCCCUUCUCUCCCUGCGGACAUUUUUUUUUUCUUUCUGAUUCACCAAAUAUCCCACCACCUCACAAAAAAAAAAAAAAAAAAAAAAAGGAAAAAAUCAAAAUGCACAAAAAAAGUCAAAACAAAAACCAAUCUUGAGUGUGUUGCAAAGUGCUGCGUCCUCCUGGUGGCCUCUGUGUGUGUCCCGUGGCCCGCAGCCCGCCCACCUGCCUGCCUCAACUCGUCUGCCGUGUGUCCCGCCUGCCCGCUGCCCCCUUCUGCCGAUGACACGGAGUUCAGUGCCUGGGUGUCUGGUGACAGUUAUUGAUGACAAUGUGUAGCGCAUGAUUGUUUUUAUACCAAGGACAUUUCUAAUAAAAAGAUACACAUGGUUUUGCA